GGUCCUUGAAGAUACCUUCCAGAUGAGUUGGCCAAACUGCUGGAUGCCUGCAUUUCUAGCUCCAGGCUCGUUCUGCUGGUGAGGAUCCCUGGCUAGCAAGGCGGAGAGCCCCUGCCCCUGGAGUUUGGAUUGCUGCUCAGAGAUCCAGUGGUCACAGAGGAAAGAGCCCGCACAGGAGCACACAUCUGAGACCCGCGUCAUGCCGUGGACCCCGUUGCUGCUGCUCCUGACUCUGCUGAGCUGGAGUGGGGCCGGCCCCUCGCAACAGGAGAGGGUCCCUUUCUUAGGACUCACUCCUCAAAGAGCCUGGGGGAGUGGCGGCAGCAAUUCCACGGCAUCACCUUGUGAGGGGCUCCCCUCCGCGGGAGCCAUGGCCUGGACUGUGGCGAACCUCAGCCUGGAGCACCUGCCCCGCUGCCUGCCAAACGCGCUGCAAAGCCUCGAUGGCAGCCACAACCUGCUGCACGCCCUGAGUGGGACUGAGCUCAGCCAUCUGCCCGAGCUGCAGGAGCUCACGGUGCACCACAACCGCAUCUCCACGCUGAGCUGGGGUCCCGGCUGGCCUACCCAGCUGCGCGUGCUGGACCUCAGCCACAAUCAGCUGGACCAGCUGAAGCCGUGCGCCGGGCCCACCCUGCGUGGUCUGCGCGUACUGGAGCUCUCUGGGAACCCGCUGCGGGCGCUGCCGCCUCGUGCCUUCGUCUGCUUUCCUGCGCUGCAGCGGCUCAACCUCUCCUACACCGAGCUGGGCCUCAGUGCACAAGGGGGAAUCGCGCUGGAGGCGUUCGCAGGAGAGGCUGGCAAAGCCCUGGCCACUCUCAGGGUUCUGGAUCUCAGCGGCACGCAGCUCCAGCAAAUUGAAUCUGAGUGGAUGGGAGACCUGCCGAGCCUCACACAGCUCCAUCUGCGGAAGAUGCCGCGGCUGAGGACCCUGGAGGGAGACAUUUUCAGGAUGACCCCCAACCUGCGCCAGCUGCAUUGCCAGGACUCCCCCGCGCUGACUUCCAUCCGCACACCCCUCUUUGAGGACACCCCCUCUCUGCAGGUCCUUCUGUUGCACAAUUGCAACUUGAGCUCCUUCCCUCCUUGGACCAGGAAUUCCUCCCAGGUGCUGUCUGUUUCCCUCUAUGGCAAUCCUCUCACUUGCAGCUGUGAGUUAUCCUGGCUCCUGGAUAAAAAGAGAACUGUCGUGCGCAGGGCGGCGGACACGAUGUGCACACCGGCUGCAGGGCCCAGGGCCCCCUUCUCAGCACCUCUUCCACUCUCCCAGCUGCUGGGUAUGUGCAGGAUGGACCACAGCACCACACUCCUGCCUUCACAUCUACACUCUUCUGCUGGCUCAGCCUCCACACCAACCUCACCAGGGCCCUCCGCUCCACCUGCCAGAGGCCAGCCAAGUGUCACCGCAGCCUCAUCCCACUCCACACCAUCCCUCACACAGGAUUCCAGGACACACCUUGGCACCUUGGGGGGUACCGUCCCUGCCAGUGCCCACCCUACAGCAGCAGCUCACAGGCCCAGCAGCACUGCAUCCAGCACUGUCGGCACCAGCAGGACAGAGCACCUAGGAAAACACACUGUCAGUCUGGUCCCAAAGCCCUGGGUCUCAGCUGCCACCACCUCGCCAGUCACCAAACACCUUAGCCCCAUCCCUACUUUAGGGAGCACCACAAGCAGGACUCAACCCAACCAGAGGAUACAGCCCACCUCCCGGGCCCCCUACUCCAGUCCUUCAGAUGACGAGAUUCCAGUCAUUCUACUGGAUGACAGUGAGGAGGAAGGGAUGGAGGGGACCAACGCGGUGAGACUGCCCCACCGUAGCGUCCCCUGCGAUUACGACCCAUGCAGACACCUGCAGACCCCGUGCGUGGAGCUGCAGAGGCGCUUACACUGUGCCUGUCCUGGCCUCACUAUGGAGGACACUGUUCCUGACCUGCCCCGGCUACAGGUGCUGUCGGAGGUGACUGACACGUCGGUGCUCGUCCGCUGGUGCGCCCCCUACUCAGUUGUGCGAGCCUACCAGAUCCACUAUUCUGUGGAGGGCGAGGUGGGGAGCCAUUUGGUGGUGAAGGACAUCUAUGCUACUGCCCGACAGCACCCUCUGUACGGGCUGUCACCAGGCACCACCUACCGUGUGUGCGUGGUGGCAGCCAAUGCCGCAGGCCUGAGCCAAGCAUGGGCUGUGGGCUGGAAAAGACCGUGCGCCACUGUCACCACCAAGCCCAGCCUGGUGGCCAUCCUGGUGGCAUUGGGCGCGGCCUGUGGUCUGCUGCUCACCAGCACCCUGGUGCUGUCUGCGUGCCUCUGCCGGCGGGUCCGGAAGCCAUGUGGGCACAACCAUGGCGAGUACCUGGUGGCCUUCAAAAACCCUUAUCUGCUCCCUUUUGAAAACCCUGGACAAGACUGCAGGCAGAGCCAGGUGCUGGGGCUCUGCCCUGAGGCAUCCGUCCCCUGCGCCACACCCACGAGGGAAGAACUGGCGUUGGACAGCGUGGUGAAGCUGCACACCUUCACUUAGCCACUUCCUUCUUCUGUGAAGCUGAUUUCCAUCUGGAAGGAACAGGGGGCCCCAAACAGCCCUGUUAGUUCCCAUUCCGGGAGGCCACCAUGGCUCCAGGCCCGCUACAUCUGUCCAAGGACCCAUGCUUUUCCUUCCUUCUCUGCUGUCCCUGCUGGUUGAGGCCAGGCCACUCCCACUGUUACCCAGCAUCCCUUCCUGGUGCUCCUCUGGGGUUCUCACACGCCAGCACUCCACAGGACCCAGCAGCAGAGGACACAGAAGCAGGAAGAGAGAAAUCGCACCGCCUGGCCUCCUCUGCCGUACUGCCAACUACAGCCUUGGGUCUUUUCAGGGCAGGUUCACUUGUAGUCCAGGUCUGGCCAAAGGGUGAGGAGGCAUUUUGUCCAGGAAUUGGCUCCUGAGAACUGGCGGGCAGGGUGCUGCCUCCAGUGGCUGCUCAAGGGAGGCCUUCUGGGUCUAUGAGUGGCAUUUUAGAAUUCAAAAGUAUGCUUCAGGCCUCGCAGUGAAAACCAGUCUUUCAGGAAGGUCUGUACAAUGCUGUAUUUACCCAAGACUGAGUAGACAAAAGCAGUAUAAAUUCUUUUUAGAAAGCACAAGAAGCUCACUUUCAGGAUUGUUAUCAUUUGAUCAGAGUGAAGAAAUGAGCAAAAACCGUGCAGAUUCUGACUGGAAGCAGAAGCAGUGCUACGCUCCCCAGUUACCAGGGUGUUAGUGGUUUUUCACUUUAAUUCAAACUGGGAAAAAAGUGAUCCUAUGAAAUUAUGUUUGGGGCCCAAUUUCUAGAUUUAAAUUUUUUAUGCUAGCAUUUGUUAAUCUGCUGUGGCUUACAACAACAGAAACUUUCUGUGUUACAGUUCAGGCCAGAGAUCUGGAAGCAAACUACAGUGUGACCAGGCUGGCUCCUCGUGGAGGCUAUGAACUGUGCCUCCAUUUCCCAGCUUUCACUGGUACCCCCUGGCUUGCAGACUUCAGGCUCAUCUGUGUCGCUGUCACCCCAGGGCCUUCUGUCUCCCUCUCCCCACUUAAAAAAAAAAAAAAUAAUAAAGGCACAGGUCAGUACAUGGAACCUUGCCCUGAUGGACUGUAACUGCAAAGACCUUAUUUCCAAAAAGGGCACAUUCACAGGUACUGCGGGUUGGAAGGCUGGAACUCAUCUUUUUGGGAGACAAAACAGAACUCACACAGACUUAUUUCUAUUGUAAGAAAAUGUUAAACUUGAGCCCCAUGUAGCUUGUUUGCAAGCCACCCUACAGAGUCUUCAGUACAUCCAAUUCUCACCCUAGCAGAAGUUGUAGGUUCCCAGGCUAAUAAAGAACUCAACGCACCCCUUUAAAGUGCAGGUUUGUUGAUUCCUGUCAGGGAAAAAAAAUUUUCAGGAUGAGUCAGUAGAGGCAGGAGGAGGAUUAGAGAACACCAGAAGCUGCCAGCACUGGGGUGCCCCGGCCUGUGGCGUCUAAGCCAGCAGAAGGCACACCUCUAAGAGCUGUUCGCAAUAGGGGCCACUGCGGUGUCUGCUGUUGUGGUCUUCCAGGUCACAGUGCUGGACGGGCCCCUGGAAUGGGGAUGGACACAGCAUCAGGCUGCCUCCUGCCUUUGCUUCCCAGGCUGGAGGAAGAAGGAAAAGGAAUUCACAGGUGAAAGGGAAUGGGUAGGGAGCCCUGUGCCCGUGCAGCUGAGAGUGAGUCGCCUAGGUUCACGGGUUUUGGGAGAAGGGAAACAUCAGACCACCAACCUGGCUUGUUUUCUGAAAUUGCAAUUUUCCCUAAAAGAAAUUUAAAUUCUCAAUUUCCUGGAUUUUCUGAUUUAUUUUUCCCCCUGGUGUGUGUGUCUUGUCUUUUUGAGACAAUGUCUUAUUAUAUGCAGCUCAGAUUGGCCUCAAGCUUAGUCCUGGCUGAUCUUAAACUCACAAU